GCAGGGCUGCGGCCUCCUGCGACAGACCCGCUGGGGAGGGCAGUGCUGGAGGAGGUGGCAGACCUCCUGGAGGGAAACCAGAGGUACCCGGACUGCCGCCCUCGCACCGCAAACCAGGUUCUGGUUCUGGUAGGGGGGGACUGCGUGGAUGAAAACUUCGCUCGACGUGAGCCCAACCGCAGCCUGUGGGUUGCCCGGCGGUUUUUGACUGGACCGGGUCUGAUCAGAACCGUGGAGUGGUGGCCACUAGCCCAGCUUCCCGAUCCACCCCGGUUCCGCCACUGCGUGUGUGUUCUCCAGAACAAGCUCUACAUCAUCGGGGGCCGCAAGUACUACGGGGCACUGGACAUUCUCAAGUCAGUCAUGAGGUUUGACCCUGUGCAGUGCAGCUGGGAGCAGUUGCCAGAUAUGGCCGUUCCCAGAGAUUACUUUGCCGCUGUUUGUCUCGAUGGGAAGGUGUUUGCACUGGGUGGUAGCCAUGACGAAACACAGUACCUGGACACUGUGGAGUACUUCACACCUGAGGACAACACCUGGAGGCCGGCCCAUCCUCUGGACACAGCUCUCUGUGGGCACGCCGCCGCCGUGUGGGACGGGGAGAUCUUCGUGUCGGGUGGCUGCGAUGCCAACCUCCGCUGCCUCUCUGCCCUGUGGCACUACCACCCCAAACGUGGCUGCUCUCGGCGCGCGUCCAUGGCGACGGGAGCCGGGCGCGCGGGUCACGUGAUGCUGCCGGUGCCCGCCGGGCUGGUGGUGGCGGGGGGGCUGCAGCCGUCCUGGCGGGGGUACGCCGACCAGCUGCAGUGUGAGAUCUACUCCCCCUCCCGCAACACCUGGAUGCUCUUCCCCGUCCUGCCCCGCCCCCACCUGUUCCCAGCCGCCGCGGCUCUGGACGGGCAGCUGUACGUGAUGGGGGGGUCGUCAGCGGACACGGCGCGGGACACGGCGUGGGUGCACCGCUACGACCCCGAAGGACGCUGGGAUAAGUUGGGGGCCAUGCCACGACCUUACACUGACCUUUGUGCCUGCAUGCUGCAGCUGCCACAGGGUGUACAUGGGUAG